AUGGAACUCGGUGGCAAGAAGAAGCUUCAUGCCCUGUCCCUGGCAGAGAAGAUCCAGGUGCUCGAGCUCCUGGAUGAGUCCAAGAUGUCCCAGUCGGAGGUGGCCCGGCGCUUUCAGGUCUCUCAGCCUCAGAUCUCCCGAAUCUGCAAGAAUAAGGAAAAACUUUUGGCAGACUGGUGUAGCGGCACAGCCAACCGGGAACGCAAGCGCAAGCGUGAGUCCAAGUAUAGCAGCAUCGACGAGGCACUGCUGUGCUGGUAUCACAUUGCACGGGCCAAGGCCUGGGAUGUCACGGGCCCCAUGUUGCUACACAAAGCCAAGGAGCUGGCAGACCUCCUGGGUCAGGCCUUCGUGCCCAGCAUUGGCUGGCUGGUGCGCUGGAAGCGCCGCAACAAUGUAGGUUUAGGGGCCCGCCACAUCCUCCCUCCUCCUCCUCCUCCUCCUCCUCUUCCUCGGACUUCCCCAGAGCCUGCUCCCUUGGGCACUGACCCCCACACUCCCAUUGCUCUGAAAGACUUUUCCCCAGAGGAUAUUUUUGGCUGCACCACAGUACCCUUGUUGUAUCGGGCAGUCCCAGGUGGGGUGGCAUCAGGAGAUCGGUUACAGGUGUUAUUGUGUGCCAACAGUGGAGGGACGGAGAAGCGUCGGCUGGUGGUGACAGGGGGCCGUCAGCCUUCUCCAAGGUGCUUUUUUGGGGUCAGCAGUGAGGCUCUGCCUGUCCUCUACUGCCCAGGCCCACAGAUCCCAUGGGCAGACUGGCUAGCCCAGUUGGAUGAGGACAUGGGACAGCAAGGUCGCCAUGUGGCCUUGCUGCUGACUGCCCACCCAACCAGGGGGACUGAGGACCUGCCCGAGCUUCAGCAUGUGAGGCUGUUGCCUCUGCCCACUGAUGGUACCAUACCCUGCUUACCCGCUCCGAUAGUGCGGGACUUCAAGACCCGCUACCGGCACCGCCUCCUGAGUAAGCUGGCGGCUCUCCAAGGGGAGACAGGUGGCACAUCCCUGGGUGCUGCUGGGGCAGGCAUCACAGUGCUCGAUGCCCUGCAUAUGAUGGCAGCCGCUUGGAACAAAGUACCUGCCAACUUCAUCAGGAGCAGCUUCGCUGUUGCUGGCCUGUGGCCCAGCAGAACUCCACCAUCUGCAAAAGAAGUGCCCAAGAUGCCCCCACUACCUGGUGGGCUGAGACCCGAAGAAUUUUCCCACUUUGUGGACUUAGAGGGUGAGGAGAUGGAUGUGGGAGGAUGCAAGGAAGAAGCGAUCAGUGAAGGUGAGGAGGGGAAUGACGGGGACGAUGGCUUCGAGCCUUUGCCUACCAAAGCAGAUGCCUUGCGUGCACUGAGCACCUUGCGGCGAUGGUUUGAGUGUAACGGGGCUUCCCCUGAACUUUUUGGGAAGUUUUAUGACUGUGAAGAAGAGGUAGAACGCCUGUGCUACCAGUGA